AAGAUGGCCACUGCUCGUCCCACUGUGUCCGUUCGCGGCCUUGAUGGCGCAGCUUCGGGCUCUCUGACCUUGCCCGAGGUCUUCACCGCCCCCAUCCGCACGGAUGUCAUUGCCGCCAUCCACAAGAACAUGGCCAAGAACAAGCGUCAACCCUACGCUGUAGCGACUAACGCUGGUCACCAAACCAGCGCUGAAUCUUGGGGUACUGGUCGUGCUGUUGCUCGUAUUCCUCGUGUUGGUGGCGGAGGAACUCACCGUUCCGGUCAGGCUGCCUUUGGUAACAUGACUCGUGGAGGUCACAUGUUCGCACCCACCAAGCUCUGGCGCCGCUGGUUCGUCAAGAGCAACCAAAAGCAAAAGCGUUACGCCACUGCAUCUGCGCUUGCUGCCACUGCUUUGCCCUCCUUGCUGCUCGCCCGUGGACACAAGGUCGAGGAGCUUGACGAAGUCCCUCUUGUCAUUCCCACCUCUGUCGAGUCUUUCACCAAGACCAAGGAGGCUGUCGCUGCUCUCAAGGCUGUCAAGGCCUACGCUGAUGUCGAGAAGGUUGAGCGCAAGAUCAGGGCUGGUCAAGGAAAGCUGCGCGGCAGACGCUACAAGUCUCGUCGUGGUCCCCUCGUCGUUUACGACAACGACAACGGCAUUGUCAAGGCUUUCCGCAACCUUCCAGGUGUUGAGCUCGUUUCAGUUCAUCGUCUCAACCUGCUUCAAUUGGCGCCCGGUGGCUCCAUUGGCCGAUUCACCAUCUUCACCGAGGCUGCCUUCAAGCAGCUGGACAACAUCUUCGGCCCCAACGCCAAGCCCAUCCCCACUGCCAAGAUCACCAACACUGAUGUUACCCGUAUCAUCAACUCGGAUGAGAUCCAGUCCAUCGUCAGGCCCAAGCAGGCUGCCCGCACUCAGCGCACUUCUACCCAGAAGAAGAACCCUCUCCGUAACCGCACCGUCAUGCUCCGCCUCAACCCUUACAAGGCUGCUGUGGUGCGCGCUGAGAACCGCAGAGCUCUGUUCGUCAAGAACCACAAAGCGAACACCAAGGUUGAGCACAGAGAGAAGAAGACUCCUGCUUCCGCCGAGUUCUUGCAGCUCCUCAAGGCCUAAGAUGCACGUUGUAGUUUCGCAUCUGCACGACCAACUGUUAGCGUAAGCGUUUGCUGCUCAUCCUGACAUGCGCUCCUCGCAAAGAAAAACCUACAAAAGCUGGCGAUCGAUCCGCCAGCACGACGAUGGCAACCAUCGUUCAAAGUCACGCAUGCCCUGAGAUUGAUCGCCCACCCCACAUCUCAUCGCUUUGAUGGUCGAAGAUCAUCCGGCAUUCUUUCUCCACUCAUUGUACGGCCCACUAUGCCACCCACGAAUCCAAAAGAUGCAAGCACACCACGACAAUCG